CUCUUGCGCCUUGUCUCUCAUGGAGGCUAACCUUUAAACAUGAGUGUUGCAGGGAUUCACCGUGGAUUUCUCAGGAAGUAUGGAUGAGAGAAUAGCAAGCAGAGAGUGGACAAACCACUGGCACACUGCUUCCAUCAUCAUCAUCAUCAUCACCAUCGUGACAAAGUGGCUUUAUGUUCAAACAAUGGAAGGAGAGGUACCUCAUAUUGACAGCUGACGGCUGUGUGUUGGUGAGUCGCGAUGCAGUGUCCCCUCCUGACCAGAUGGUGGCAUUGCAGGGGGGCUGUGAGGCCAUCGUGGAGGGCAGGGAGAUCCUGGACCUGCCCAAGCUGCCCACUGGAGGACGCAGGGACUGCUGCUUUGCUCUGAUCCUGCCUCAGGAGAAGUUCCUGCUGCUACUGGCUGACAACGCAGAGGACUGCAGUCAAUGGGUCAACAUGCUGAGGAAAGUGCGAGAGAGUGUAUCGUCACCAAUGUCCUCCUGUAGACGCCAUAAUGCUUCGACCCGAUGUAUCACUGACAGAGACCCGCUUCCAGACCCCAUCUCUGACAAAGAUCCCCCAACUCCACCGCUCAGUGAUAUGGAGGUCUUCUCUCCUGGGCCAAGAUACCCUAGGCCAAGAUCUCCUGAGCCAAGAUCUUCUGGGCCAAGAUCUCCUGGGCCAACAUCACCUGGGCCAAGAUCUCCUGGGCCAAGAUCUCCUGGGUCAAUCUCUGCUGGGCCAAAUUCUCCUGGGCCAACCACAGGCAGCACCCCACAAAAGGAAAAAGGCCAGAAAUCUCCCCACAUGAAGAGAGACAAAGGGACUAGUCGUUCAGUGGGCUGUCUGCGCCAUGGCACCAGCCAUGAUGCCCAGGCAGUGAGGGCUGUGUAUCUGCUGAUGGGAGGGGCCGCUGCUUCCUCUGCCAUGGGUUACCUGGGUGCAUGCUCUCCUGCUAAUCCUGACGUAAGGCCUCCUGACCUGCCGCCCACCACAGACUUCUCUAACCUGGGCUCAGCAGGGGCGUACCACUCCUGCAAUCAGACUGUUGUUGACUCUCCUCACUUCCACAGCUUUGACUUUGAGGGGGCAGACUCUGACUUUGAUGCCUUUGACUGUGGGGGAUUUUCAUUCUAGGGGGGAAAUUAUGAUUUAUCUACCAUAAAGACUUUCAAUCCUCCUGUCCAUCCUUAAUGAAAAUACAAGGGCAAUAAUGGCCUCUUAUUGUUGCCACCUUUUGUAAGUGAUAUGGACUGAUGCAAAACAUUGCUAUAUUAUCUUAUCUUUGAUAUCAUUUAUUUGGUUUCAACCUGUCUGCUGUCAUUCUCUGGCUAUGGAGAGAGCGUGAAUUUCUUGAUACUGUUUUUAAUUAUGUAAUGUAAUGUAAGCAUACCUAGUCUUUAUAACUAUUUGCCCCACACCUAUCUCCUUAACUUUUGCUCUGCCAUGUGUUAGCUAAGUUCAUUGUUUUUUUUGUUUCCUUAUUUAUAAGUUGCUUAAUUAAAUGCCAUAGAAAAUGUUUGGUGUUUUCUUGUCUCUUUCAUUCCCAUAGCGAGCAAUAUGCAUCCUUGUGUAGCCUAGCAC